AUGAACGUGAAAGAUUCCCUAAUGAUCAGUAUGUUGUGGCUGUGUAAAAUUUUAUGGCUAACGAUAAUAUUAACAUCUUCCGCGAGUUGCUCUUCGAAAGAAAAUAGUAAUAAAAGGCCACGAAGAAGACGUCCACGUCCACCAGGCCAAGCUGCACUUGAAGGGUCAAAAGAAGAAGCAAAGAAGGAUUCAAAAGAGCCCCUAGCAAGCUGUGAAACAAAAGAGAAGAAAGACAAGGAAAAAGUGGUGAAAGAUGAGGAAAAGAAGGAAGAGGAUACUCAAGUGGCGAGUCUCUCACCCCAGAAUCCAUUGUUGGGAGAGUUAGCAGAUACGCAAGAUUUUCUGGAAAGUGACAAAAUCAAAGCAACACAAGGAGAAGAUUGAGAAGCAGCUCAGUGAGCAAGUGAUUCAAAGAGAUACAAAAUUUCAAUGUCAAAUAGUACAACAAUCAUGUUUCAUUGCUGACUUAUCAUAGGAAAAGUAAAGAGUU